UGCAUUCACGGAAGUCAGAGCAAGAGGACUCAGGUGGUUAGAUGCUGUGCCAGUUGGUCUGUGAGUGUGUGAGUGCGUGUGCCAGGCUCUUGUUCCUGUCAUGGAGCUGUAACAGAAUUACAGAGGUAUGCAUAGGCUGCCUUGUGGCGUAAAAACCAAGGUGUGAAGGGUCAGAAAAAGUUUAAAAAGUCAGCGAACCAAAGUAAAAGCCAGGCAUGGGGACAAUCCCGAACGACAUUAGGAGGCUUUUGGAUGACUGUGAGCUGUUUGUAUCAGACAUCCUUCAAGAUGAGAACCUCAGUGAAAAUGCCGAAGAGACACGGAAAGUCUUACUGAAUAACUUCAGGGUCGUCCAUGUAAGAAACCCUCAAGAAUUCCCCUUCCCAUCGGACUAUAGGGAAGAAGACGGCUCUGAUGACAACCGCAGUUCCAGUCUGGGUCGCUCUGUCCAAUCAGACGACGCCUCAUUAGCUUCUGACAACCAGGAUGAUGGACCCACUGAGUACUUUGAUGACAUCCCCCUUGUGGCAGUCCAGGACCUCAGCAACAUCUUGAAGCAAGGCUACUUGGAGAAGAAACGAAGAGAUCACAGCUUCUUCGGCUCAGAAUGGCAAAAGAGAUGGUGUGUUCUGAACAAUUCAAUAUUCUACUACUUUGGGAGCGAAAAAGAUAAACAGCAGAAGGGUUCCUUUCAUAUCAUGGACUACAAUGUGCAGCUGGUGACCAACCUGAGAAAAGACUCGAAAAAAAAUGCCUGCUUUGAGCUCUUUGCGCCUGGACUGCGGGCUUUCCAGUUCACUGCCAGCAGCCCUCAAGAGGCCAGAGAAUGGGUGAAGCAAAUCAAUUUUGUACUUGAAGAUCUCAGAUCCACCUCCAUCCCUUGCGAUGAUGACGAGGAUGUGGAGGAGGAAGAGGAGACCUAUGAUGACAUUGAGGGCUUGACCGGCCCUUCCCCGCCUUGGCCCAGUGCUGCCCAGGCCUCUCAGAGAGGCAGACAGGGAGGAGGGCAGGAAAUGGGGGAGGACGACGAGGAGGACGAGGAUAUCUACGAGGUGCUGCCAGAUGAUUUCCCCGAUCCGAUAGAUGAAAGCAGUGAGAAGAACAACAAAACAGCCUGGUCAUCAGAUUACGCUAAUUACUACCAGGGUUUAUGGGAUUGCCAGGCCGACGAGCCAGACGAGCUGGACUUCCAGAGAGGAGAUCUCAUCUACAUCAUUAACAAGGAGUACAACAUUCACGGCUGGUGGGUCGGCGAGCUGAACGGCACUGUGGGUAUCGUCCCCAAAGACUUCCUGCACCCUGCCUACAUCCUCUGAGCUCCAACAGAGCUGCAGCCGACACAUCCGGCCAUGAAUUUCACAGACAGCCCUGUCAGAUAAUCUUUUGCAAUUUGAAAAUUAUUCUCUCUCCUUCUCAUUCUCUCUGUAAAUUAUAUCAUGUAAAUCUGCUGCAGUAGUACUUAUUCCUGUACACUAUAAACCAUUGGUAAAGGUCUUGCCUACAAUAUCGACGUGCAAACCAGAGCUAAAACAAUUAGUCGAUUAAUCAGUUAAUCAAUGGACAGAAAAUUAAGCGACAACAAUUUUGAUCAUCCGUUAAUUGUUUGUAAUAAAGUCAAAAGCUUCUAUAAUGUGA